UAAAUAUAUGUGCGCGUCUCAACACAACAUUAUAAUAUUGGCGACAGUGAAGACGACAGUGUACAGAUAAAUUAUCUACAAAGAGGCCUUCAAUAUGAUUUAUCAAUUCGGUAUUCUACUUAUAAUCGGAUCGAUUACAUUAAAUGUCGCAUUAAAUCCUUGCGAUUGCACUCGAGAAAAGAAACCAGUAUGCGGCUCAAACGGAAAGUCUUACAGUAACGAAUGCAUGCUGAACUGCGCACGCGCUACCGACCCUAGCAUCUCACUGCAAACAGUUGGUAGAUGCAAACGAGAAGCGCCCAGCUGUUUCUGUACAUUCGAGAACAAUCCAAUAUGCGCUUCAAAUGGAGAAACAUACGCUAACGAAUGCGAAUUCCAAUGCCAACAAACAAAUGAUCCAACUCUUCGUAUUAAUUAUCACGGGGACUGUAGACAGAAGAGGCAAAUUAAAAUCGCAAGCAUAUCCCCUUGUACAUGUCCUAAAGACUCCAAAUUCGUAUGCGGCAGUGACGGUGCUACGUAUAGCAAUGCUUGUGUUCUAGAAUGUUCGACGCAAGCUAAUCCCAGUCUAUAUAUGAUGCACGUCGGACCAUGCGAGAAUAGAGUCGACGUUGUAGAACACGCGAACAAUCAUCCUUCGUGUACUUGCGCUAGGAAUUAUUUCCCUGUUUGCGGAACGGAUGGCAACACUUACAAUAAUUUGUGCCUCUUGCAGUGUACAGGUACUGAACUUCAGGGCUUUGGACCCUGCUAAAUAUACAACGGGAAGUCUUCUAUCUCUGUUUAUUCAUGGAGAAUUAUAGAGAAGGCAAUAGUUGUCAUACGACAGUAAAUUCCCUUUAAUUGUGAUCUAUUUUUAAUGACAUAUCUUUUAUUAUAUGCAUUUAAUUGUGACGUUUAAUUAAUAUUACACAUUUUUUUUUAUUUCUGUUAAAGACUACAGAUGCAAAAUAAGAUUCCAAAACGUUGACGAUUUGACGAACAGAUAACUCAAUCGGACAGCUUGUGUCAAUGCAAAAUGUCAGAUAAAAAUUGAUUUAUUCAUUUGUUAUUUUCUACAUAAAAUUCAUAUUUUUUAUGCUGUACGUUUGUUUAAUGUCUGUACCUAAAUCUGUCACAUUUUAAUGUUAAUAUUCAACACUUUAUGACUUAUUAAUCAGCUUUAAUUAAGAUUGUAUAUACUCAUAACAAAAAUAUACGCUAGUUAUAG